CUCACCCACUACAAUGACUUGCAUGAACGCCGUUGGCGUUACACGGGUACUUCUGGUACAAAACUUGUGCGUGUGUGAUACAUACGUAUUGGUUUUGCCUCCGUUCGUUUCCUCGUAGCAAACCGACUCUCUUUGGAUGAAGCAUGGCAGAAGCAAUGGCGACUUCCAAUGCUGGGUUUGAAGAGGAAAUCCUUAUUGAAUCGACCGAUCAUCGCAAAAUCGCCAACGACCCGCCAGUUGACUCGCCGCACCACGCACCCUACCACGCCACGUUCAACAUACGAUGUGGCUGCGCGAAGUGCGCCAAGAUGUCCAAACCAAAUCUGGGCCACGGGACGGCGUUUUUGCUGUACGACCUGAACCGGCUAUCUGGCGAGUAUUAUUACCUGGCCACUGCGGCUCACAACCUUUACUGCUACAAUUGCGGCGACUACCGGUGGGUGCAAAUCAUCGAGAAAUGGCAGGAGACUAGUGAAGGCCCGUCACCUGUGUUUCUGUCCAAAAGGAUAACAAAGAAGAAUGCCGAUGGGUGGCUGAAGGUGCCUGAAUGGUACGAAAAGAAUGCGAAGCAAAGUGCCAAGGCAGAUCGGUUUCCACACGAUUAUGGCAUUGUUGCUGCCUCGAGGGAGACCACCAUGUCAGCUCCGUUCACGACUUUGAGCAAGGUGUUGAAGGCUGCGCCAAAUGCGACUGAAAAGAAGAAAAACUCGUUCCUGCUCGGCUUUCCAGGGAGAAUCUACGCGAAUGGCGCUUGGGUCAGAGCAAAGAAAUGCAAGUAUUGGGUAGAAGCACCGGGCAGUGUGGAAGGGUUCAACGAUGCGCUCGUCAAGCAUUAUAUCGACUCCAGCGCUGGGCAGAGCGGCUGUGUGCUGUACACCUUAGACGAGGCCGGGAAGAAAGCUUCGGCGCUCGGUAUCCAUGUGGGUGGAAACGACGCGGAAAAGUACAACGUGGCGGUCAAGCUGUGCAGCGGAUCAUCCGCCAUGGCUGAGCUGAAAGGCUGGGCGUCCAAUCCACCCCAUGGUGAUGAAGAGGAAUUUGACCUGGAUGAUGACGGCGUCGAGUAUAUAGAGAUGGAGGCAGAGGAGAGUCCAGAUUUCUUGCAAGAUCCAGUGCGAGAGGAAAGAGGACCUCCUAGUACAGAGCCUCCUCCGGAUGAGGGCGAAUCGUCAUACGGCGACCCAUUCGAACACAGUACCUUCAUCCAGGAGAUUUCACCUUGGUUGCGAAAACUACCAGCAACGACAUUUCGAAACAAGGCGCAAGAUGCCGGGUUCUUCACCGAUCUGCAGCAGAUACGUGCCUUGACGAGGACUGAGAGGCAACAUGGAACGCCCAGUCACAACGAAGAAUUGAUCGAAAUCGUGAGCAGCGAGGAACAGGCUGGCUUCAUCAAGCUGGUCAAAGUCAUCAAGCACUGGGGGAAAUAUCCCGACAAGGUCGACAAGAUGAACCAGCUUCUGCCGCGGCGGGCCCGUGUGUAAACGAUUGUCAGUUGCUGAAUCUGCUGUAAAAACAUCCCUUCACCCUGUUUCUACUACCUAGUUACCCGGCGGUCACAUUCUCCACAGCAACCCUGUCAAGAACAUCACGCAAUGUACUAGUCGCUCUUUGUCUCUGUCUCUUUGUGUCUCUGUCUGUCUCUCUCUCUCUCUCUCUCUCUCUCUCUCUCUCUCUCUCUCUCUCUCUCUCUCUCUCUCUCUCUCUCUCUCUCUCUCUCUCUCUCUCUCUCUCUCUCUCUCUCUCUCUCUCUCUCUCUCUCUCUCUCUCUCUCUCUCUCUAUCUCUCUCUCUAUCUCUCUCUCUCUCUCUCUCUCUCUCUCUCUGUGUGUGUGUGUGUGUGUGUCUCUCUCUGUCUCUCUUUGUCUCUCUCUCUCUCUCUCUCUCUCUCUUUGCAUUGUGCAUUCUUUAUCUUACUGACCAGUGAUCAUGCUUCUCACCAAAUCCACUCUUCCUUAUUAGUAUCUGCUCUUCCUUAUAGCAAUGUUAUGUGUUAUGUUUGUUCCUUACCCUACUAAAUAUGUGUAAAUGAAAAAUACUAAUAAUCGAGUAGGCUAAACAGUAGCGCGGAGAUGUUGGCGCACAACAACACUAUUGUCGUAAAUAUUGUCUAUGCCUUUGAUCAACUUCCGUUCUUCAUAACGACGUGCUGCUGUCCAACGGCCUUUUAUGAUGCGGAUUAGUCAGCGCAGUUCUUUUCCGUUGAAAUUGUUUCAGGAAAGCUGCAGUGACUGACAAUUUCUUCACUAGAAGAUGAAGAUAAUGUCAAAAUGAUUUUGUGUCGAUCCAGUGUUUUGAUGAUCCGUUGUACAUGACCGCGUACCGGUACGACCACCUAUGUUUCGUUGAUGCAAAUAAAAAUGUGCAAAAAAUA